GUAUAUAUAUAUAUAUAUAUAUAUAUAUAUAUAUAUAUAUAUAUAUAUAUAUUUACUGUUAUAUAUAUACUUUUGCUGCUUACAGAUGCUUAUGCAGAUACAGGUCAAGAGCACCAGUUCAUGUUCACAUCAAACAUCAGAAUGGGGAAAAAAUGUGAUCUCAGUGACUGAACCCGGAUAAUUAAUUGGAAAAACAUCGCCUGGUCUUUUUCCAGUCUUCAGUUAUCCAGUUCCAGUGAGUCUGUUUCGACUGUAGCCUCAGAUUCCUGUUCUUGUCUGACAGGAGUGAAAUCUGAUGGGGUCUUCUGCUGUUGCAUCCCAUCGACCUCAAAGUUUGACGUGUUGAGCGUUUCCGCCCACAGGACUGCUGCUCACUGGAUGUUUUUUUAGGUUUCACACCAUUAAAUGUCUGUUGUCUGUGAAAAUCCCAGGAGAUCAGCAGUUUCUGAAAUACUCAAACCAACCUAUCUAGCACCAACAACCAACCCAUGGUCAAAGUCACUGAGAUUUUCCUCAUUCUAAUGGUUGAAACGAACAGCAGCUGAAGUUCUUGACCCGUGUCUGCAUGACAUUAUGCAAUGCGCUACUGCCACAUGAUUGGCUGUUUGGAUAACUGUAUGAAUAAGCAAGGAUACAGGCGUUCCUAAUAAACUGGCUGGUGAGAGUAAUUAUAAACGUUGUACUGUAUAGGAUAAAACUGGAUUAGCAAAAUGUAUUAGUGUCUUACUUUAAUAAACUGAGUAUUCUUAUUCUUCAGUGCCAGUAUAAUAUGACUUAUGAUACAAGGUGGUGUUGCUUGCAGUGUGCUGCUUUGAACAGAAGAGGCUGUAUGAUGGCUGUAUGAUGAAGCCAGAGUUUGAGUGCCCUGGGGUGGUACUCUCAUCUUUUGUAACAUGUAUUUUUUUUUCAGCUGUAAAUGUGGAUAUGUUGUACCCUGGACUUAAGGUUACAUAACUGAACAGGAUUACAUAAUUGAACAGAAUUGAAAUGGACUUGAAGAAGAUAACUGAACUGUAAUUACCUUUUAGUGUAAAAUUUUAAAGGUACACCAUAUGUACCUUUCUAUAUGAAAGAUAUCUAUUAAAAAUACAAAAGAUCUACACUUGUUGAACCAUUACAUCUCAACCAGAAGUAAACUUGCAGCAUUUUAAAAUCUGUUUACACCCAAAAGUUGAGAGAGACAACUGCAUUUAAAGACACUCUUUCAAUUUGACUAAAAGACAUUUAGUCUACCUCUACAUUUAUAUCUACUAAUCCACCAAUAGGAAAACAACAUUACUGACAAAUAAAAAAAAAAAAGAACAAUACAGUUUACAAUGGGAAAUAAAUGAUCACUUUGAUUAUGAGCAUCAUCCACAUCAGUCUCUGUCUCAUCAUCUGAGGUAAGUGUCAGCUGCAGAAUUUAAAAAUGAGCCUCACUGUCGCUCUUCACUGCACUGAUUUCUGUUUACGCUAACGUCAUUGCGGAAAUACUUGCUGAUUAAUUCAGUAAGUUCUGUUGGCUAAAUUUCUUGUUAUUAACAUUUUUAUUAGUACAUUUAAAAGUUUUAAAACUUUGCUGUCAUCUGUACAGCGUGUGUAAGCGAUCUCUGUUUUAAUGAAGAUAGACAUUGACAGCGAGUAUCUGAUUACAAACAGAAUUGAUUAGGCUUAUGUCCAUUAUGGCAUGUAACUAUCCAAAAUGUAUUCAAAUCCUGAGAUAGCACUCUAAGCUAGCAAGGCUUUAGACAUCUUCAGACUGCAUUUACCGCUCUUUACCCAACAGGAUCUUUGCAGACAGGCAAGGCAAAGGUUAGAAAAGGUUGUUAGGUUAGAAAGUAACCUAAAAAAAAACUAUAACAAAAUAUACACUCAUUGAACACUUGAAUUGAACACUAUUAUGAACACUACACUAAUACUGGGAAGCGCUUCCCUUUGCUCUCAAAACAUCCUCAAUUCUUCAUGGCAUGGAUUCCACAAGAUGUUGGUAACAUUCCUUUGAGAUUCUGGUCCAUGUUGACAUGACUGCAUCACGCAUUUCUGGCAGAUUUUUUCAGCUACACGUUCCCGUUGAGAAUCUCCCAUUCUCCACAUCCCAAAGGUGUUCUACUGUUGUGUUUGACGUGUUGUGCAUUCUGAGAUGCUUUUCUGCUCACCACAAUUGCACAGAGUGGUUAUCUGAGUUACUGUAGCCUUUCUGUCAGCUCACGCUGACAUCAUGCCACGGUCAAAAUCACAGAGAUCAUAUUUUUCUCCUUUCUGAUGGUUGAUGUGAACAUUACCUGAAGCUGCUGGCCCAUAUCUGCGUGAUUUUAUGCAUUGCACUGUUGUCAGAUGAUUGGCUGAUUAGAUAACGGCAUGUAUGAGUAGGUGUACAGCUGUUCCUAAUAAAGUGCUUGGUGAGUGUAUGUAUGUUUUCUUAAAGUAGAGGUGUCAAGGUAUAUUGUAGAACCUCAAUUUUAAUCAAAACUUUUUUUUGUCAUUUUUGGCUGUUUUCAACCACAGCUUCAAUAGAUGACCUUAAAACAUUGACUGUUUUUAAAAUUACAGUUGUGAUGCAUUUGUUGCUGAAAUUGCAAUUACUUUUCUAAGAGUAAGCCUUCUUUACUGUAAAAGAGAAGUGAGUCUGUACAUGGUCUUCACAAAGUAACUUCCUGAAGACACUGAGCAGAGUGUACACACACACACACACGCUGCACACUGGCAGAUAUUCCUGACACGAACACUGGUGCCCCCCUCUCUCUGGUGGUCCAAAUGGUGGGCUGUUCCCAGUUUGCUCACUUUAAUGCAUCCUCUUGCUUGUGUCAGACCUUCAUGACAUAUCUGGUCCUGCCCAUUGUCUACAGUGUCAUGGUCCUCACAGGCCUGUCUGGCAAUGUCCUGUCUCUUUGGAUAUUCAUGGCAAAGAUUUCCACUAAAACCCCCACCCACAUCUACCUCAUCAACCUGGGGAUCUCGAAUCUGAUACUGUGUCUUACCAUGCCUUUCAAUGCAGCCUACUACGCUCUUAGCACCAGCUGGCCUGCAUCCAGUCUGAAAUGUCAGUUAGCCAUAAAUGUCUUGACCCCAGUUCUCCACACCAACAUUGCAGGAGGCAUGUUUAUUCUCACUUGGCUGGCACUAAGUCGUUUUGCCACACUUAUCCAGCAUAACUAUGGCCAUCGCCCAAGCAGGUGCACCAAAGUCCUUCCUGGCAUCUUCUUAAGCAGACUGCAGCAAACUCCAUUUGCACUGGCCAUGUGUGCAGGAACCUGGGCCUUUGUGGCAUUGGGGAUCAUUCCCACAGUGGUGAUUUAUGCUACGAUGGAGACAGAGAGAAUGGACAAUAACAGCCAGCAGGCAUGUUACAGUGCUCCAGUGGAGGUUGGUGGCUCUGGCUCUCAAGCAUUUGCCAUUGCAGGGAUCACCAUGUUCUUUCUCUGCCUGGCUUUGGUGUUGAGUGCCUACAUAGCUGUGAUCAGACACAUCAACAGGACAAAAAUAAAUAGGGUCAUCUCUGACAGACAGAGGGUCUGUUCAAGAGUGUGCCGCAACAUUUUGGUCAUCCAGCUUGUGCUGGUCAUUUGUCUCCUCCCACAUCACAUCUAUAAAGCUAUUUUCAUUGCCAUGGCACAGAAUAACUCGCAGUCUGGAGACCUCCUAGCAGAAUGCCAUCCUUUUUCCGUGCAUGUAGAGGUUAAGAAUGCUCUCCUCUGUUUGGCAGUUCUACGCUGCAGCGCAGACCCCUUCGUUUACUUUCUGCUGGACAAGACGUUUAAAAGGCAUGCAUAUGGUUUGUUUCGAGAAAGCUUUACCACGAAAGAGAGCCAAUCAUCCAGGACUAUGAAUGAAUGUGGACAGCUUAGUCAGUAUGACAGUGCUACUUUAAAAGGUGCUCUAAAACACGAGGCACCUUCACAUUCAAAAGACUCAAAGACUAAACAAACUUCUGACCAUCAGUUCAUUCAGGAGGUGGAGUGAAAUGCUUCUAAAACACCUAUCGUGUUGGAGAUGUAUAAUAAAUAUGCCUCACAUAGUGCUGCAAAGGAGACCUAACUUUAGAAAACUGCAUUUGUGCAUACAAAUAAAGACAUUCAGGCCUAACCGUUUUAAAGAGCUUUAACCGCAAGGUAUGCAGCAAUGCAAAAAAACAAAAAACAAACAAACAAAAAAACAAAACAAAACAAACCAAAACAAAAAAAAUUAUACAGUCAGGUCCAUAUGUAUUUGGACAGUGACACGAUCUUCAUAAUUUUGCCUCUGUACACCACCACAAUGAAUUUGAAAUGAUGUAAUCAAUAUGUGAUUGCAGUGUAGACUUUCAGCUUUAAUUCAAGGGGUUUAACAAAAAUAUUGCAUUGACCAUUUAGGAAUUACAGCCUUUUUUUUUUCUUAAAAAAACAGAGUCCCUUCAUUUUCAAAGGCACAAAAGUAAUUGGACGAUUGAUUAAUAAGCAAAUUAAGCAUAUUCCAAGUGUUGAUUUUGCAUUUGGUAGCUGUUCAUGGGAAAUCUCAAUAUGCGGUCCACAGAGGUGUCUUUAGGAGUGGCCAAAUUCCUAUAAUUCCUAAACAGUUAAAGCAGUAUUUUUGUUAAACCUCUUGAAUUAAAGCUUCUGUUCUUUAUGAGACACGGUUUGUGGCAGUCUUAUAAUACAGGCUAAAUAACAAAUGCAAAAGAAUACAAACGAUUUAUUGCAUUCUUUAAAGGAAAUGGACAUCUAGAAGCUGAGAAUAUGAAUAACUUGAAUAAGCUGAGAAUGUGAAUAACUAACUUCUUUCACUAGAAGUGACAAAAUAUGUAAUGUGUUCCACAUGAGGUUAAACUUAUA